AUGCCAAUUGCAAGAGUGAUACGGCAUAGUCCACUUUAUCUGUAUCUCAAAUUAUAUGGAUUGUCAGUCUUGGUUUCAUUGUUUGCAUCUCGUCCAAUAACCGGCAGGUUGAGUGGUCAAACAAUACAACAAAUCGAUCGUAUCCGCUCGGCCGCAGAAGAGGCUUUGAUAAGAAGAAAGACGGAUAAAGCUAAACAGGCAUUUCGUGAUGGAAGGAAACAAUUUAAUGAGAUUACAAAAGUACAAACGAAGCAUUUACUAGAUGCAUUAUCCAUCAAUAGAAAGCAUAACGAUUUCUUCACUAGUGCUCGAGCAGCACAUACAAGCCAAAAGAAUCAUUCUUCUCAUCCUUUCCCAUAUGCUAUCAAAACGCUGGCAUUGGAUGCAGAUACACACUUUCCUGCUUUGCCAUUACAAGGCGUUCGACAACGGGUUUCUCGCGUUGUACAAAGAUGGGGUCGUCGAUACAAGGAUUUGAAUAUGGUAAAGAAGAUGGUAAAAGAAGAUAGACAGGACCUGAAAAGGUAUCCAGAAAUUGAAUCGGUUGCACACGUUCGCUGCUCAAAUUCGGCACACGAAGAAGAGAUAAAAUUUAUCCGAAAGCGUGCGGAGAACGUUGCUUCCGAUGCAGAAUUCUUGAAAAGACUGGGAAUACCCGCUUCGGAAUCGUCUACUGGAUCAGUUCAUCCUGAUGAUAUACCGAGGAUUGCUAUUGGAGGAUCAGGUGGUGGAUAUAGAGCCACAUUCGGUUUUUUGGCUUCUUUGCAAGGGUUGCAUUCAGCAAAAGUGUUUGACAGCACCUUUUGGAUCUCAGGCGUUAGUGGUAGCUGUUGGACGAUUGCAGCCUUGUUUACCGUCGCACAACAAGAUCCUAAUGCUUUAUUGCAACAUUACAAAGAUGUAGCUGAUGAAGCAGUUCACCCUAUGAGUCGUGGAGCAUUGGACGUCGUAGCAAGAAGUCCAAAAGGUGUCUACUUCUUGCUGGCACCUCUGUUGACCAAAUUACGAGAUGGCUAUGUGGGAAUUGGAAUUAUGGACAUGUAUGCCACCCUCACAAGCUCGUAUCAGCUAUUGAGCAGAUCACCACACGCUCGUCCAAGACUUUCCAGAUCAGCCUUUGCAUUUAGUAAGAUGUGGCAAUCGGCUGGAAUAGCAAACGGAAAGGCACCAAUGCCAAUCUUUACGGCGGUACGGAUUAUGCAUAGGGUAGCAACAGGUGAAAAGAAUGGAAAGAUACAAUUCGAAACCAAAGAUGCAUCUCUAUCCAAACCUCUGCCACCUUCAGAAGAAGGUCGAUUUUCAAAAACGCUGUUUCAGUGGUGGGAGAUGAACCCGUUAGAGGUGGGUUCUAGUGAAGAAUCAGCUUGGGUGCCCACUUGGUCGUACGGCAGGGGAUUCGUAUCUGGUGAAUCUGUUUCAAAAUCGCCAGAGAUUUCUCUCUCUAUGCUCUUAGGUCAAGCUACUAGCGCUCCUGCAGGUCCAAUGACAGGUUAUAUUUCCACGCUGUUAGCAACACUACCUCAAGGCACGAUCAUGUCCAAACUGUUGUCCAAAUUGAACGACUUUAUCAGGCACAAAAGAUGGGAAAAACGAUGGGGUAAUCCUAUCCGAGGUGCUGAUGAACCGAAUCCGUUGUUCGGGUCCGGAAGUAGAUCUGAACACAAUCAAAAGGAAUGGGAAGGAAGGCGUAGACUCAAGCUGAUGGAUAGUGGAAUGAGCAAUAAUUUGCCAAAUCACAUUUUUUCAACUGAGGCCCGAUGGGCUGAUAUCGUUUUAGCAUUUGAUCAAUCGUCUGACGUUCAGACGGGAGCAGCAUUGGCAAGGCUCAAUGAGUUUGCAAAGGAGCGGAAUCUUUUCAUGGCACCAGCAAAUGACUUAGCCGAGUGUGAGGCCUGCGUGAAUAGUGUAACAGCAGAUGAAAAGGCUUCCCUUAUCCGACAGCAGUUUCAUGGAAAGUACGCUCAAGUCUUCCGAGUCUGGAAAGUGAAGGACGAUGAAUUCCAACCAGGUCUCGAUCUCAAUCCGGAGCAUACUCCAAUUACGGACGCAGAGAUGUAUUUGAUAUACUGUCCUCUGCUUCCGAAUGCUUGCCAACCCGAUUUUGAUCCUGUGACAUCCUCUUUCAGUACAAGUUAUAAUUUGGUAUGGAAACCGGAAGAGAUUGACAUUCUAGCAAAUACAGCAAGGGCCAAUACGAUAGACUACGUCAUACCCACGCUCAAACGAGUGUAUAGACGAAUGUAUAAAGAGAAAAAGGCAAGAAGAUUACGUGGUAUUUCUCACACUCAAUAA